AUUCAGUAUGCCGCUACCUGCCUUUGGCAUCACAAUAAUGUUUAGUAAUGAUUGCUUUACUUCAGCGAUUAUGAUUAUAUAUGUUCAAGCACUGAUGUACCCUGUGGUAGCUACAAUAGUUUUUUAUCCCCCACUUCCUCUGUUUACGUCGAGGCCACUUCGUCCAGAUGAACUGGCUCAAAUGCUACCGCACACAACCCCAAAGACAUGGACAAUGCCCUAUGUACCUUUUCCAACUACAAAAAUGGUACCAAAACAUCAAGAAGAUUUCUCAAGAGGAAUUCUUCCUAAUACACCCCCUCUAUACACCUCGAGACCUCUACGUUCUGAGGAAUUAGCACAGAUGGUCUCAUAUACUACUCCCAAAACAUGGGCAAACCUCUUCGAUUCUUUUGCAGGGACCUAUCAAGAACAAAUAAGGAGAAAAUUUACUGGAGGACUGUUCCAUACUUCACCCCCUUUGUAUACCUCGAGACCGUUACGUCGAGAAGAGUUGAUUCAAAUGGUGGAACACAAGAAAACUGAUACUUGGUCAACUCCUUUUGAAGGUUUAAGGACAACUACCAAGGCUGUGGGAAGAUUUGAAAAAUCGAGCACAGAAUACCCCAGAGAAAUCUUCGAUCAACCCGACGGAGCGACCGAUGAACUGUAUAGUCCAACGUUUUGGAGUUUUGGUACUUUCAUGGCCAAUAAUAAUACUUCAGCGAUUCCGCAUCCCACAAAGCAAGAAUACUCUUUCCAAUCUGCUACAAAUUACGAAAACCAGCACAAACUAACAGAAUCUGAAACCUAUUUUGGCGGAGAUCACACAUUAGAAACAAUUUCGGCGAUUCAAAAAUACCCAAACACCAUUCCACAGGAGGGAUAUACUGACAAUCUUGUCCCAUCGCAAUUCAACGAUGCAUUUGGCAAAUACUAUACGAGUGGAUCAAAAGUAACUAUCCCAGAAGCACCGAUCUCUCAAUCUGAAAGAGAAGUUAUGAAUCACCCUACUACAACAGACUCUACUUCUCAUAUUGAGAAAGACUAUUUAUUAGGAAAGCACCAACUACUUCCAGACCCAUCAGCAACUAAGCAUGUGGGAAGAAUUGUAAGCCAGUUCAGUACUGUAAAACCUUUCAUCAAAGCUAUAUUCACAAAUCCAACUACCAUUUCACCUGCCACUACUUUUGGGUUACCUAUAUCUAAUGGUUCCAGUUCUAAAUAUGAACAUAAGCGUCCUAAUAUAUCUACAGAAUUUGAUAUAUUUAAAAGUGAAGACCACACAUCUAGAACCACUAUUACAGUCGGAGCAUCUCUAAUAAGUCACUUUGCUACUUCACAGCAUGAAACUUCUGAAAAGGAUCAAGAAAGUAAAACAGAUAUACCUAAACCAAUAACUUCUUCAUCCAAAUAUUAUGAUGAAUUUUCGGAGCAGCUGACUCCAAUAAAACAUGCUACGAAUGCCGAGAUAGGUGACACGUUUGAAAUAAAACUAGUAACUUCAGAAUCGUCAACUUCUAAGUCACAUGAAGCAUUUGCCAACCAACCCACUCCACAUUCUGAGACUUUUGUUCAUAAUCAUUAUUCAGCAAAGGGGCCUAUUUCAGAAAGCUUCACUUCAGCGUAUCCAACAAAACUUGUAGAACACAUUCCACAAAAAUAUUCUACUCCAAAGCUGCAAAAAGAAUUUGUGGAUCAGGCUAUUAAUCAAAAAGAUAAUACUUCUCUUGAGAAUGAGAAUAGACACUCAACAGAAAUGCCUGUUGGUUCAUCAGAAAUCAAGCUACCAUAUACAAAGUCGUUUACCUUUAUGGCACAAGAAGCAACUACUGAAAUACUUCAAUCCAAAGCCCCCAAUUACAGCAAUAAGGCUGAAGUCACAAAUCAGUUCCAUCCAACAGAACCUGCCAAUAAUAACGAAGCACAUCUCUCAAUGAACCGACCAGCUUCUAAAUUCUACACCAUAAGACCUCAAAUAGAGUACAACUCUCCAAAAUAUACCAACUUAACUGGAAAAGGCUACACAACUACCGUAAGUCCUUUUCUUUUAAAAAUCACAACUCACAGACUGGUGAUGAAACUGCCCUCUUCAAACAUCACAACUUUUUCUCCUCAAAUGGGAUCUAUAAGCCACGCAGAACGCAAAUCCUAUAAAAACGGAACCAAAGUAUUUCCUAAUCAAGAAGCAACAGAGCAUAUGACUUCAAAGCACUUUAGUCAAGAUACCUCAGACAUACCAACUGACUUUUUCACGAAUCAUUCAGAAACUACAACUAUACUGUACGAGUAUGCACAAUCCACGAACCAAACAACUACACAAAAUAAUAUUCUGAUUAAAAAACUCGGCAACAUAACUGGUAGUUUUUGGGGAAAGCCGACACUAGAGUCUAGUGCGGACUACUCACAUUCAUCUGAAUUUGAAGAAGAAGAAAUAAAAACUACAAACCAAACAGCACCUCAUAGUUCUUAUACGGAUGAGCAACAAUCACCAUCUGUCUAUCAAGUGCAACAAACGGGAAAUCUGAAGGAGCAGGUAGAGAAUACAAAUCCGGGUCUUUUCAAAGAAAAUGUCCAACCCAGUAAAUCAGGUCAAAUAAAAAACAGAAAAAAUGGUAACUUCUUGUACAAGUUUGAUAACUUGCAGUUUGCUCAUGUGCAAACCACUACCAGGCCUGCCUCUUCCACAUCUAAUCCAGAGUUCUCUAAUGACUUGUAUUAUUCAGAUACAGAGACUGGUAAUGAAGGAAGUAAACAACAACAACAACAGCAUAUUCAGUAUAGUUCUUAUAAUAUGCCAGAAACAUUCGACAAUCCGUUUGUUUAUCCUCAACCCAUAUCCACAGAAGUUCCAGAAGUUCAAGUCACUCAACCAGAAUCAGCAGUUUCUAAACAAGCAGAGUAUAGAGUUGUACCAGUUCCAAAAAUUGGAUUGACGUUUCAAGAGUCUAAUUCGGAUUAUGGCGUUUAUAAUACCGCUUCCACAACAGCUGCUCCAAAUUACGAAUCAUCAAGCUCCCGUAUUGGAAACUUUCGAUGGUAUGCUGUGCCAGGCAUAUCGUAUACAAAUCAACAAAAUUCGAAUAGUGGCAUUCCAUUGUUGGUGCAACAAAAUACAUACAAUUCAGAGUCAGAUUCUAGUUCAGAAUACUCUUGGAAAUUAUCUGGUCUGAAUGACAAACCCAACAAUUUCAAUACUAAUGAAGGAAACCUUGAGGUAUCUUCUACUAAAAACGAGCUUAAAUUUAUCUACCGUCACAAUAUGCAUGAUGAUCUGGCAUCAAAACGGGGUUCGUCACACAUCGAGACACUGCACAAUCCAGAUGGUGGAAAGACGCACAAAUUGGUUUUCUAUGUCUGAAAAUGAACGGGAUUCUCUUGAAAAGUUUUGAGAGCUUUUGUGCAAGCUAAACUGACAACUCUUUUUAUUAACAACUUAUUUGUUGUAAUACCAACUCUAUGUCUCUAGCUGCU